AUGGAAGUUGCUAACACCUUCAACAGUUUGUCAUUCGAAACUUUGGUCGAGGCUGUCGGGUACCACGGAGUGACUCCCUACCUCCGCUUACAAAAUAAAGUAGCUAUUGUAACUGGGGGAGCAAGUGGUAUAGGCGCUAAUAUUGUUCUGGAAUUCUUAAAGGAAAACAUAAAGCAUGUAGCUAUUAUUGACAUCGAUGUUGAUUCUGGUAUUAAACUACAAGAUUUAAUUGACGUGAAAUACGGAAAAGGCAAAGCUACGUUCUAUAAAUGUGACAUCACAAAUGAAGUUCAACUACAAGAAGUUUUUUGUAACGUUAUUGAAAAGAAUCAAAGCAUGGACAUAUUAGUUAAUAAUGCUGGUGUUGCCGAUGAUUCUCGAGAAAUGUACAAACGAACAAUAGAAAUUAAUUUUACCGCACUCGUUACUACAUCCAUAAUGGCGUUAGAUCAUAUGCGGGUAGAUAAAGGUGGAAAGGGUGGUACUAUCAUCAAUAUUUCCUCAAUAACAGCCCUGGACCCAAGUAUCUCAGCAGUACAUAUAUACUCAUCGACUAAAGCUGCUGUCAUACAUUUCAGUACUCGUUUGGGUAUGGAUCCUCAAUACUCACACACUAAUGUUCGUGUUCUCACUGUAUGUUUAGGCGCUACAGAUACAAAAAUUAUGCAAAAAUGCGCAGGUUUUGAUGAUAUUACCAGUGGACAAAUAGAGCAACUCCUUGAAUUUUUACAAACGCAAAAUUUACUUCAAUGUCCUUCUGUUGCUGCAAAGUUAAUUGUAGAUAUUUGUCAAAAGGGAAAGAGUGCUGACAUGUGGCUAGUUCAGAAUGGCGAAGCUACUGAUGUCACGGAUACAUUAAAAGAAGCUUAUGCAAAUAUUAAAGAAAUUGUAGGAUUUAAAACAUAA